AUGAUGCACUGCAACUCGUGCACAACUCUGGCUGAUACUCACACCAAACUCGAAGCCAUCGUUGGUCCCUCUGUCGCAAACCCAACGCUCUACCGGAGCCUCGCCGGCGCCCUACAAUAUUUAACUUUCACUCGCCCGGACAUCUCUUUUGCUGUUCAACAAGUCUGCUUAUUUAUGUAUGAUCCACGUGAGAUUCAUUUUAAAGCCCUCAAACGGAUUCUUCGGUAUGUUAAAGGCACGCUUGACUUUGGACUCCACCUAUAUCCGACCACAUCCACUGGUUUAGUUGCUUACACUAACACUGAUAGGGCGAGCUGUCCUACGACCCGACGCUCCUCCACUUCCAGCUACUGCAUCUUCCACGGUGACAACCUCAUAUCAUGGUCUGCCAAGCGCCAACACACCGUCUCCCGUUCCAGUUCUGAAGCCGAAUAUAGAGGUGUCGCCAAUGCCGUCGCGGAGACAACUUGGCUCUCUAACAUUCUCCUAGAGCUCCACCGUCCUUUGUUGAAAGCCACCUUGGUGUACUGUGAAAACGUCAGCGCCGUGUAUCUCUCUACCAACCAAGUCUAA